AUGAGGACCUUUGCUCUCGCUGCUUCGCUUCUGGCCCUCCUUUCCGUCCGGCAAGCAGCCGCUAUCUCGCUGCUCUCUGACCCGAACCCGUCGCCUCCAGCGUGCGGUCUGUCUUGCACGAUGCACUACGUGCUCGAAUCCUCCUCCUGUUCCCUCACAAACAUCAGCUGCAUCUGCGACGACGGGCCACUCAACGACCUGGUCACGCUCUGCGUGACGCAGAACUGCACUGUUCACGAGCAGCUUCAGAUGAAAAACUACUCGAUGACCAGCUGCGGCUAUCAGACACGAGACCGCUCCACGCUCAUCUGGCUCAUACCCGCCAUCUUCGGUCCGGCGGCCGUCAUCGCGUUUGGCUGCCGCAUCAUGGCCCGGGUCCUCGUCAGCUUUGAGACCUGGGGAUGGGACGAUACGAUCAUGGUCGUCACAAUGGUGCGCGUCCACACUGCCCGUUCACACGUCUGCUUCGUCGCUGCUGACACGCGAGCCUGCCAGUUCCUUGUGAUCCCGCUGCAGAUCUUCAGUGGUCCCCUUUCCCAGCUCGGCCUCGGGCGCGACAUCUGGACCAUCACGCCGAAAAACAUCACCGGCAUUCUCUAUUUGUACUAUUGGGACGAGCUCCUCUACCUGGCCGCUCUUCCCAUGACAAAGAUCUCCAUCCUCUUAUUCUACCGCCGGAUCUUUCCCAGCCCGUUCUUCCGCCGCGCCGUCUGGCUUCUCAUCGGCUGCAACGUCGGCUACCUGAUCGCGUUCAACAUCGUCUCGGUCUACCAGUGCAGCCCGCUGGAAGGUGCCUGGAAGGCCUGGGACGGCACCGUCCAGGCGCACUGCCGCGACAUCAACGCCCAGAGCUGGGCUGCUGCCAUCAUCAACAUCGCCCUCGACCUGGCCACCAUCAUCCUGCCGCUGCCGGAGCUGUCCAAGAUACGGCUCUCGAUCGCGAAGAAGUUCCAGGUGCUGCUCAUGUUUAGCCUCGGCUUUUUUGUCACGAUUGUCAGCGCCAUCCGGCUCUCGUCGCUCCAACAGUACGGGACGACCACCAACUUCACCCAGGACUAUACGGAAAUCGGGUACUGGAGCACAAUCGAGGUGGCAGUCGGCGUGGUAUGCGCAUGUCUCCCGGCUGUCCGGGCUCUCUUUGGACACAUCCUCCCCGGCGUCUUUGGCACCACCGUCAGAGACAAAUCAGAGUAUAUACAGCAGCGAGACGUGUUCUCGACACAGCGCUCCCGUCAGGCAGACAUAGUGGUCAAACAGCAGUGGACUGUUUCGUCUAGAAGCCGGGAAGAGUCAUCAGUUAUCGAGCUCGAUGUGAUGCCAUCGCUGGACGAUCAGGGCGAGGACAGUCACGUAGGAGAGAAGAAGGCCACAAUACCACGUGAAUCGGUCUGA